GGCACAAUCUCCGUCCACUCCUAACUCCCUAUUUAACCGCGUAGCUUUUCUUGUUCGAUAAGCAUAAACAGAGAUACAAGAGCGAGCGAGAGAGGAGUUUAUUCUUUUGCAGAAAAACACAAACCAAAUUAUCUUGUAGAAAGAAAGCGAGAAAGAAAACUAUGGCGGAAGAAGGACAAGUGAUUAGCUGCCACACUGUUGAAGCCUGGACCGAGCAGCUCCAGAAGGGGAACGACUCCAAAAAGCUGAUAGUCGUUGAUUUUACCGCAUCAUGGUGUGGACCUUGUCGCUUCAUUGCUCCAUUCUUGGCUGAAUUGGCAAGGAAGCUGCCCACUGUCACCUUCAUAAAGGUGGAUGUGGAUGAGUUGAAGUCUGUUGCUCAAGAUUGGGCUGUGGAGGCAAUGCCGACUUUCAUGUUUCUGAAGGAAGGGAAAAUUGUGGAUAAGGUUGUUGGAGCAAAUAAAGAUCUGCUGCAGCAGGGUAUUGCUAAGCACUUGAGUGCUGCUACUGCUACUGCUACUGCCUAACGUGCUGUUCCUUCUCUUAGAGAGGCAUUAGCCUUGGAUGUGCUGCUAGAUAUGCGUCAUCCUCUAAAUUAGACAAUGGGCUUUGGGUUUAUAUUUUGCAAGUUAUAUAUUAUCUCAAAAAAAUGGUUUUAUAUAUAUCUUAUAAACAAGAAGCCUUGUUGUUACUCUUAUUUUGGCCUGUUAUGCUAUCAGAAUUAAGUUUCCUUUUA